CUGACAGAUGAUGAAACCUCUUUGUAAACACAGCAGUUGGUUUCAGGUGAAAGUGUCGGUCAUCCAGGCAGCAGAAGUCGUCAUCUUAUCUCUGUUCCACACUGAGGAAGUUCAACAUUUCAACACACAGAUCACAGUUUGUCGUCUUCACCUUUUUCUAAACAGCUGAAAGUUCAGACUUUAAGGAAUUAACAGACAUCUGAUCAUUUCUUGAAUCAGUCCUGAUGAAUUCUUUUUAAAAUCAGUUGUAAUUUCAGUCAGAAAGGGUGAACAUCAGGGGUUUGUAUCAGAGAUUCAUUGCAGGGCUCAUUAAGCUGCUAUUAAAGGAUUUUCUGAUGACCUCUGGAGGUUUACAAGCUGGUAACGAGCUGUAUUAGUGAGUAAAGGCUCCCACUGAUUUCCUGCAUCUGGACUCUAUGUGACAGUUAAAGAUGAUUUGUCUUUCUUUACUGACCACGAGCCACACGGAGAAUCUAGAUCUGAAACAGGUUUUAAACUGGUUUAUGUGAUUCACAAUCAGCUUUUAAGCUAGUUUACCUGACCGUGAUCGUUCUUUUUGAGUCCAGAAACAAAAAACAUUUCUCAUAUUUCAUUAAGAUCUAGUUUUAUGGAUAGAGUCAGUGGACAGGGAGGUUUCAGAUGUGUGAUAACAUCUUUUCUUUCUUCCCCAUUUUUAAAUGUCUUGAUAAAGCUGAGGACUGCCUGUCCUGCCCCCCCUCCCCCCUAUAAAUUACUGCAAACAGCAUCACCGCCUCCACUUGUACAGCUGAAGAGAGCAGAAAGCUUCCUCCACCUGAGCAGCUUGUUGGAGACGAGCAGCUUGUUGGAAACAGCAGUGAAGAUGAAUCUCCUGCCCUGGAUGAUGCUGGUGUUCCUGCUCUCAGCUGGGACCAGUUUGGCUGAUGUGGACGUGAACUGGCUGACUCGUACUGUACAGGCCAUCAGGAAAGAGUACAAGAUAAACGGACAGUUCUGUCUGGCCGCGAACAUCCCACUGAGCGGAGACCAAAACGCGAUUGGUAACGCCCUACAGCUUGACCGCUACAGUGGAAAUGUUGAAGACACAAUUGAGGGUGAUGUGGUGUACAAAGGCCACAGUGUGAUCGUAGCCAAAGCAGCAGGUGUUCAACACGCAGAACCUCUAGUUCUGCGAGAGUUGAGCACAUUGAGGAGAAACAGUGAGGGAAACUUCCUGCUCAUCUACUCUUACCUCUCCCCAUGUGGAGACAAGUGUGCAAACCCAGACGAUCGAAAGCACAACAUCCUUAAAUACUUUAGAAACAAUGCCCUUGCACGUUGGAGAAAUAAUUAUGCCUUCGUGUUUACAAGAGUCUUUGAUCAGCCCAACUUUGGUGAUCCUCCUACCAAAGAGGAUUUGAAAAACGCACUAAGACAGCUCGGGAGUUCCGGGCUUGGUCUCAAAAACAUUUUCCGCUGUUUUGGUGAAAAUACAGAAUUAGAGUGCCACAGCUGCUCCUCUCAGGGAAGAGUUUCAAAUGUUUGUAUUAAUAACAACUGGCCUCAAGGCGGAGGAAGCAGCAGCAGCAGCAGAAGUAGCAGCAGAAGCAGCAGCAGCAGCAGAAGUAGCAGCAGAAGCAGCAGCAGCAGCAGAAGUAGCAGCAGAAGUAGCAGCUACAACAGAGGGCAAGGAAAACACAGAAUCAGCAGCAGCAGCAGCAGCAGCAGCAUUAGCAGAAGAAAGAGACCCAGAUACAGGAGUAAAAGUGAAAGCAGCAGCAGCAGCAGCAACAACAGAGGGCGAAGCAGACGUAGAAGCAGCAGCAGAGGUUAGAGCACUUCAAGGCUCUGCUGGGACUCAGGUGGUUUAUGAGAACCUGAAUCCUGAGACAGGAAGUUUCUGGAUCCUAAAUAGCGCAGCAGCUUCCUGUCAAAGCUCAUUAGUUCAUUGCGAAAGCUUCUGCUUUAAACGUCUGCACUCUGCUCAGUGCAAACAAGAUGCUUCUGUUUGUGUCCUUUCAGAGACAUCAGCUGAAGAAACGUGUUCUGGUCCCAGUAAGAUACGUGGCAGUGGUUCCCACUGAGAUAAUCCCAUUAAAAUGUUUUUUUACCAUAACAGAUGUAAAAGCUUUGAUUUCCUGCUACACAUAUAUUAUUUAGUGAAUUAUCUUGUGGCAUGUCACUAUAAUGAACGAUUACAUGUUUAAUAAUGAUCAUAUUUUAUAGUUUAGAUGCCUCCUGUUCUCUGUGAACUCACAACAUUUUUAUUUUCCCAAAAGUCAAAGCAAAGACCUGUUAUUGUGCUGCAUGUUCAUUUUGAAUAAAGCUUGAUUCAGCAUCAAA